CAGUCGGUGCCGCUGAUGGCUGCCUUGUCAGUUUAGCAGCAGGAAGAGGGUGUCAGCUUAGAAUGAAGGGAUAACAUUAUAUGAAUAGAAUACAUUUUAUUAACCGAAAAGGUUGCUGGAGAGUAAUUUCGUCGGACCAGCGGGGAGUUUGGCUCCUAAUUUACUGGAUAAGAGGCGGACUGAAAACUGACGCCGGAUAGUAAAAAAAAAAAUGUCCCUGUUUCAGUCAGCACUGGAUUUCCUAGCCGGGCCCGGCUCGUCCGGAGGGGCCAGCCGGGACCAGAAUGACUUCGUUGGACAAGUUGUUGAACUCGGUGACAUGAAACUGAGAAUCAAACGGGUGAUCGCUGAAGGUGGAUUUGCUUUUGUGUAUGAAGCCCAGGACAUGAGCAGUGGGAAAGACUAUGCUCUGAAGAGGCUCCUGUCCAAUGAGGAGGAGAAGAACAAGGAGAUUAUACAGGAAGUUUGCUUCAUGAAAAAGCUCUCAGGCCAUCCAAACAUGGUUCAGUUCUGCUCGGCUGCAUCCAUCAGCAAGGAAGAGUCAGACACCGGGCAGGCAGAGUUUUUGAUCCUCACCGAGUUGUGUAAAGGUCAGCUGGUGGACUUCAUCAGGCGUGUGGAGCAGAGAGCUCCUAUGUCAUGUGACACCGUGCUGAAGAUCUUCUACCAGGCUUGCCGUGCUGUGCAGCACAUGCACAAGCAGAAACCUCCCGUCAUCCAUCGAGACCUAAAGAUUGAGAACCUGUUGAUUAGUAACCAGGGCACCAUCAAGCUGUGCGACUUUGGCAGCGCCACCACAGUGUCACAUUAUCCCGACUACAGCUGGUCUGCACAGAAGAGGUCAAUGGUGGAGGAUGAGAUUACAAGAAACACUACCCCAGCAUACAGAACACCAGAGAUGAUCGAUCUUUACUCUAACUUCCCGAUCAACGACAAACAAGACAUUUGGGCUCUCGGAUGCAUCCUCUACCUGUUGUGUUUUAAACAGCAUCCAUUUGAGGAAGGAGCCAAACUGCAGAUAGUCAAUGGAAAAUACUCCAUCCCUCAGAACGAUGUCAAAUACGCCGUGUUUCAUGACCUCAUACGCUCCAUGUUGAAGGUGAACCCUGAUGAGAGGCUGUCUAUUACAGAGUUGGUCAACCAGCUGCAGGAGAUUGCAGCUGCUCGCAACGUCAACCCCAAGUCUCCAGUAACAGAACUGAUGGAGCAGAACGGAGGAUUCGGAAACAAUGGAGCACAGCCACCCAUGCAGAUCCAGGGUGUCCAUAACAGUGCAGGACCAGGAGUGUUUGAUCCUGAUCAGGCAGGAAGUGGAUUCCUGGACCUCUUGAGGGGAGGAACAGAGCGCUUCUUGACCAACAUUAAAGAUACAUCAUCUAAAGUGAUCCAGUCUGUAGCCAGCAACCCGAGCUAUGCGAAAGGAGACUUGGACAUUUCUUACAUCACCUCCAGAAUAGCAGUGAUGUCUUUCCCAGCAGAAGGGGUGGAAUCUGCAAUCAAGAACAACAUUGAGGAAGUCCGUCUUUUCCUGGAUUCACGGCAUGCCGGCCACUACGCUGUUUACAACCUCUCCAGACGAUCCUACAGGCCUUCUCGCUUCCACAACAGGGUUUCAGAGUGUAACUGGCAGGUGCGCCGUGCCCCCAACCUUCGCAGUCUCUACAGCGUAUGCAGGAACAUGCAUCUGUGGCUCAAACAGGACCAGAGGAACAUCUGUAUAGUACACUGUCUGGAUGGUCGUGCUGCAUCAGCAGUGGCAGUUUGCUCCUUCCUAUGUUUCUGUCGCCUUUUCACCACAGCUGAGGCUGCAGUCUACAUGUUCUCCAUGAAGCGCUGCCCUCCAGGAAUUUCUCCUUCACACAAGAGGUACAUUGAGUAUAUGUGCGACAUGAUGGCAGAAGAGCCCAUAAUCCCCCAUAGCAAACCAGUAGUCAUUCAUUCCAUCAUCAUGACUCCAGUGCCACUGUUCAACAAGCAGCGCAACGGGUGUAGGCCGUUCUGUGAGGUCUAUGUCGGAGACGAGAGGGUCCUCACCACCUCGCAGGAGUAUGACCGGAUGAAGGAUUUUAAGAUGGAAGAUGGCAGAGCAGAGAUUCCCCUCAAUGUUACAGUUCAGGGAGAUGUACUGGUGGUGAUCUAUCACGCAAGGUCUACACUGGGUGGCCGUCUCCAGGCAAAGAUGGCUUCAAUGAAAAUGUUCCAGAUCCAGUUUCAUACAGGUUUUAUCCCAAGAAAUGCAACUACUGUCAAGUUUGCAAAGUAUGAUUUGGACGCCUGUGACAUUCAGGAAAAAUACCCAGACUUGUUCCAGGUUAAUUUGGACAUUGAGGUGGAACCUAGAGACAGACCCAUCACCAAGACCCCACCAUGGGAGGGCUUCCAAACCAAGGGGCUAAACCCAAAAAUACUCUUCUCGUCUCGCGAUGAGCAGCAGGAAAUCCUGAGCAAAUUUGGUAAACCCGAGCUCCCUCGCCAGCCUGGAUCUUCUGCAUUUUAUGAGUCAGAGUCGCUUCCACCAGCUCAGACACCAGAUGGCACCAACACAACUGAAUCGGAAACCCCUGACAGUAGCGAUGGUAACCCUAGCAACUUCUUUCAGACUCUAGAUUGGGAAGAUGCUCAGAGUCCUCGGGAUGCUACAGACAGCAUAGGAGGAGGAUCCCUGAAUGAUCAGGAAGAUUUUAGUGAUCAGUCAGAGGGAGAGUCUUACUCUGCUCCCAGUGGGGAAGCUUUAUCCCUCGACCACAGUGAACAACUGUUAGAUGCUGAUUUUCAGACACCCUCCCCUGCACCCCAGGAAUCUACUCGUAGCGACACAGCUGACCUCCUUGGCUUGAAUUCGGACCCUCAACCUCCUGACAUGUCUUCAGUCUCCUCUGGUGCCUCUAAUCAAGGGGGGCAGGCAGGAUUGAAAGCUGCCUCCAGCAAUAGUGAUCUUCUCAACGACUUGUUUGCACCCCCUGCUGGUCAGACCGGAGUAGUGCAGGAAGACCUGUUCUUCAGUGAGGCCACCAGUGGAGCCACACCUGAUUCAAAACCCAUGGGCGACCUGUUUGACCCAUUCGGGAUGGGACCCGGCUCUGGUGUUGGUUCCAGCAUCGGCUCUUCUCGCCAGGCUUCAGGGGCCGACCUGUUUGGAGACUUGUUGGGCUCUGAUAGUUCAGCAACCAGCGGAUUCAGCUCAGCUAAUAGUACCACCACGCCUGCAUCAAACACCAGCCUUUUUAACCUUAACAGGAUAGCAAAAGAUGUCCCUAAGAUGACGUCCUCAGCCAGCCAGCCGGACCUGCUGAGUGGGUGGGACAGCUGGGCUGCUCGUACCACAGCCGGCCUCAGUAACACCACCAACAAACCCAGUUUUACAAACACAGCCACUGGUACGUCGUCCAUGUCGAAGGCCAAGUCUCAGACAUUCGAUCCUUUUGCAGACCUUGGAACCCUGAGCUCCAACUUACCAGGCUCUUCAAGCGGUAACUUUUCAGGGGCUUCUUUUAGCACAAAGACUCCAUCUUCCACCACCCCUUCCUCUGCGAAGCCUCAAACCCAGACCUGGCAGUCUGGACGUCCCGCAUCUGCUCAGACCAAACCUUGGAUGUCUGGACCUGGAUCAACCCCUAAAGGAGCUUCAACAUCUCAGCCUGCAGCCGCUCAGCCCUCUAAACCCAACUACAACCUUAAUUUCUCUAGUGUCAUCGGUGGGAGGGAGGAGAGGGGAGUCCGCGGGCCUGGAUUUGGCCCCAAACCAAAAGUGAAAGAGGAUGAUUUUGAGGAACUCCUGUCCACUCAGGGUUUUGCAUCCAAGCCUGAUAAAAGGGGACCAAGGACCAUCGCUGAAAUGAGGAAGCAGGAGAUUGCAAAGGACAUGGAUCCCCUUAAAUUGCAGCUUCUUGAGUGGAUCGAGGGGAAGGAGCGGAACAUCAGAGCACUGCUUUCAACUCUGCAUACAGUUCUGUGGGAGGGGGAAACUCGCUGGAAGCCUGUGGGCAUGGCUGACCUUGUGACACCCGACCAGGUGAAGAAAUACUACAGAAAGGCUGCGUUGGUCGUCCAUCCAGAUAAGGCUACAGGUCAGCCUUACGAACAGUACGCUAAGAUGAUCUUCAUGGAGCUGAACGACGCCUGGUCAGAGUUUGAAAACCAAGGAUCCAAAGCUCUCUUCUAAAACCCUGGCCUUGACCACUACCAAACCAGACCGGACCGCACUGGACUGGAUUUGGCCCAACCAAACAAGUGUUUGAGCGGGCCAGAAUAGACAGGGCAGAGCCCACAUUGGGCCAUUAAGGUCACUGAGCCUCUGAGAGGUGUCCUCUCUACAACUUCCUUCUUUACUCGCUGGUGUUUCCACAGCUUUAGAAAAGACCUCACCUCUCACUGUAAUGAAAAAAUAUUCCGACUCUUGUUCUUGCAGAGAGUUUAAUAAACAUUGCAGGGGGGGGUUUAAGCUCCGCCUACCUGUGUGACUGCCUGAGUGGUGCUGCAAACAUUCGGAUGGAGGAGUAGAUAAAAAUUAGGCUAAAAGCCUUAUAAAAAAAUUGAUUUGAGGGAUUAACACUUGAGGGGGGGAAAAAAAGUUUGGUUUAUAUCUGUCAGAAAAAAAGUGCUUUGCACAUUUGCAGCCAGUCUUAUAUUUCACUGGCAAAUGAAAGCGAUCAUGUCUGGUAACUGUUCAGCUUUGCAGCCGAAGUGGAAGUUUACAGUUUAGACUUGUUGCCUCAGAUAAUGGAAAAUAUGCCAAACACAGACAUUGAUUGAGAAAACCGAAAAAGAUUAAAUAAAACUUUAAAUAUUUCCUUUUUUUUUAUUAUUUUUUUCUUGCUGCUGUUUUGGGUGAAUUUUCUCAAGCUGCAAAGUCAGACAAUUGACCUGCUGAACACUACCCGUGCUGCUUUACACCUGAUAGAGAGAAUAUUAAAACAUGUGCUGCAUUCAAACAUGUUUUGGGAGUUUCUGCACAUAAAUUCAGUCAGACAGUCUGAUUUAUUUGAAGUGCUCUUUGAAUUCUACCUUUUCAGUGUACACUGUGUAGCAUAAUGCAUGCCCUUCUGAACCAAACCUCUCAGCAACAAGAACAACAGGCGGGUGAGUGUGAUUCCAAACCAGUGACGCCUGAAUGAGCUGUUCUUUUUUUUUUUUUUUAUUGAAGUGCUUUUUUGUUGUAGCAAGAAAGGGAAAGAUGGUGCCAGUAUGAUUGUACUCAGUGACAGAUUUUAAGCUUCUCUAUCAUCAUCCUCCAUGUUGUUUUGAUCCAGGCUUUUUUAUCCUUUAAGCUCCACACACCUUUAGCACAAAGUUAGUAAAGGAUUAAGAGUUAAAAGUGUUGAUCUGUUUUGCUUUGAUGAGGGGGGUCUUACUCUGUAUUGAACUGUUGGAAUAUAACUUCUGUGUAAAUUUUAGAAUAUCAUCCAUCAACCGGCUUUGUAAAGAUUCCAGUUUGGGGGAUUAUUUUGUUAUCAAACCUCAAGCUGGACUGUGUGAUUUUUGUCUGUAUGGUAACAAAUAAUGCAGCUUUAUUGGCCUUCUGGCUCUGUUGCUGAUUAUCAUUCGUUUGUUAUAUCUUUCCAACUCUGCUUCCAUUUACAUUUUACCUCAUGGACCAAUCAGAUAUAUUUUUUUUCUUAUUUAUUAUAGCAUUUUAUGAAAGCAGUCAGGUGAGGUGUAUUCACACAUAUUAAUGGCACAGGUGGUGAAAGUCACUUUUCUUAUUGGAAGGUUUGGGGCACAAAUGGGACUUUUGUUAAUUGAUCACAGUGAGCCGCCACUAUUUUCAUUCCAAAGCAUCAUGUGUUGAUAUGAAUGUGCUUUUAUAAAUGUAUAUUCCAUCUGUCGCUUCUCUGGGUGUUCAGUCCUUUUAUGUCACAAAUUGCAUUUUUGUUUUUUGUUUUUUUUUCUCCCUUUCAGUUAACAGGUGACAAUGUUGCUUCCGUUUUAGUUUUGAAUGUUCUGUAAAAAAUCUUAAAUAAAAUCCAUACAGAAGGAUUCAGCAAACCUAAAUAAAACUGAAGCUAGAUUUUUUUUUUUUUUUUGCAGUCUGACAAUAUAAAGUAUAAGAAUGGCAAACAAAAAAAAGACACUUGACAGUGUUUACUUUACCAAAUUACAUCAUGCUAAUAUGAAUGUAAAUUUAUAAAUGUAAAAAGUCAUUAAAAAAUCUUUUGA